AUGUGGGGUGAUGCCUGUGAUCAAGAUUGUCCUACUACCUGUAAAACCAAUACCUGUUUACCCAAUAAUGGAUCGUGUACAGAAUGUAAACCAGGAAGGCAUGGAGAUGUCUGUGACAAAUAUUGUCCUGUCACCUGUAAUGGAACCUGUGAUAAAGUCUCCAGCUAUUGUAGAGAUUGCGUCUUUGGACAAUGGGGUGACAAAUGUGAUCAGGAAUGUGCUUUGAAAUGUAAAGACUGCAUUCAAACUAAUGGAUCAUGUAUAGACUGCAAUCCUGGAAGGUACGGACAAACAUGUGACCUGUAUUGCCCUACUAACUGCGCAAACGACGUCUGUGAUAGAGAAACUGGUUCAUGUUUCGAUUGUAAACCCGGAAAACAUGGAGAGACGUGUGACCAGGAUUGUUCUGUACUUUGUGAAGGCCUUUUUUGCGAGAAAGACACAGGAUUUUGUUCUGAAUGUAAAGACGGAAUGCAUGGAUACCGAUGUGACAAGCCAUGUCCUGCUGGUUGUAGCUCCAACAGAUGCAGGCGAUAUGACGGGACUUGUGGAGAAACAAACACCGCUACAGAUACGGACAACAGGACAACUGUAGCUGUUCUAGCAACUAUUACUUGUAUAUUUCUGGUAGCAGCUAUUGUCUUAUUUGUCUGCAUGCUGCGAUUCAGAACAAAAGCCAAGAGAGGGCAAGGAAAAGAAGAAGAACAUUACACAAACAUUGAUAAAGCAAAGAGAAAUGUUCCGAAUACCUACGAGAUGACGCAGCAGAGAGAUGACAAAAACUGA